CUCGGCGAGGGUCUUGGUGCCAAAGAGACACCCUAGCGGUACCAGCAGCUGCAGGAGCUGGUUCAAGAGAUGCAGCAGAUCUGCUCGGCGAGGGUCUUGGUGCCAAAGAGACGCCCCAGCAGCGGUACCAGCGGCUGCAGCACGAGGUGCAGGAGCUGGUUCAGGAGGUGGAGCAGAUCCAGCAUGCUGAAAAGGAGUCAGCAGCAGAGGAAGAGCUGGCGCCCAUGGCCUUGGCCAGGCAGGUUGAGGGCCUGAAGCAGCAGCUGGUCUCCAGCCACCUGGAGAAGCUUCUGGGCCCCGCCGCAGCCAUAGACUUUGCAGACCCCGACGGUGCCCUGGCCAAGCGCCUGCUGCAGCAGCUGGAGGUGGCGAAGUGCAGCAAGGCGGUGCCGGGGAAGAGCCCCGCCAAAGCCCCGGUGCCCACCGGAGACGCCGUCACCUUUGAGCUGUACUGGAGGCCGGAGCAGGACCAGUUUGCCCAGACCGCCAAGAUGGCGGAGCUGGAGAAGCGGCUGAUCCUGUACGUGGUCAUGCUGGACCAAGUGGAGGCCCGGCUGCAGAGCGUGCUGGGGAAGGUGAAUGAAAUUGCCAAGCACAAGGCAACCGUGCAAGAUGCCGACAGCCAGAGCAAGAUCCACCAGAUCUAUGAGACGAUGCAGCGCUGGGACCCUGUGGCCAGCACCCUGCCUGAUGUUGUGCAGAGGCUGGUGACCCUCAGGGACCUGCACGAGCAAGCCACACGGUUCGGGCAGGUCCUCGUGCACUUGGACACCACGCAGCAGGAGAUAGCUGGUGCUCUCAAGGACAACAGCGUGCUGCUGGCGGAGGUCCAGAAGACAAUGAAGGAAAACCUGGCCGUUGUAGAGGACAACUUUGCGGACAUAGAUGCCCGCAUCAAGCGGCUGCAGAA